AUGGCAGACAUCGCUGAAUGCUAUUUAGUGAUGCAAAACACUGGCAAUCCUGAAAUUCCUGGAAGUCUUGGAAUUCCUGGAACUCCUGAAAAUCUAGGCAAUCCUGGAGUUCCUGGAGUUUCCGGAAAUUCAGGAAUUCGCGGAAGAAUUCCCGGAAGUCUUGGAGUUCCCGGAAGUCCCGGAAUUCCUGGAAUUCCCGGAAGUCCCGGAGUUCCCGGAAGUCCCGGAAUUCCUGGAAUUCCCGGUAGUCCCGGAGUUCCCGAAAGUCCCGAAAUUCCCGGAAUUCCCGGUAGUCCCGGAGUUCCCGGUAGUCCCAGAAUUUCGAGAAUUCCCGGAAGUCCCGGAGUUCCCAGAAGUCCCGGAAUUCCCGGAA